AGAAAUAGAGGGGAGGUGAGGUGUGGAGAAGAGAAAGAGAGGGAGCAAAUCAACGAAUCGAAAGGUUCGCAAACGAAGCACCAAAAAAAUAAAAAAUAAAAAAAAUCUCUCUCUUUCCCUUGGAAGGAUGACGAUGAUGGCUUUCUUCUCCUCUUCUUCCCAACCGCAGAAGGGUGUCGUCGUGACUGUUCCGGUGCUCGUCCUCGCCGUCUCCGUCGCCGCUCUCACCCUGGUUUUCCUGGCUUCUUCUCUCUCUGCCCCCUGUUCUUGCUCUCUCCCUCCUCCGUCCCCCUUCUCCGCCCUCCCUGCCGCCGGUGGGGAGAGGGUAUCUGCAACGGCGGAUGAUAUCGAGUGGGUGAGGGAACAGAUCCGAGGGAAUGGUCUGCAUAUGCAGGACAAUGUUCUCCGUAAAGGGAUCAAUCCACGGACUAGGGCUCAGCAACUCCAAGAUCUCAUUCAAUACAAGGGAAUCUCGCACUAUGAUGGUCCAGAUUCGGACAACCACACUGCACUUCCAUGCCCUGGAGAACUCUUGGUAGAAGAGCACCAUAGCAACUACGGGGAACCAUGGGCUGGUGGAAGGGACGUGUUUGAAUUCCUUGCUGAAUCCACGAAUCUCUCGCCGAACUCCCAGGUUCUUGAGAUUGGAUGUGGCACGUUACGUGUCGGCCUUCAUUUCAUCCGCUACCUCGCUCCAUCAGGGUUUCACUGUCUAGAAAGAGACGAGCUUUCUCUCAUGGCUGCUUUGAGAUAUGAGCUCCCAUCCCAGGGUCUUCUACACAAGAGGCCUGUGAUUGUUCGAGGAGAAGACAUGGAUUUCACUAGGUUUGGUGAUGGUGUUUCUUAUGAUCUGAUAUAUGCUAGUGCCGUGUUUCUUCACAUGCCGGAUAAUUUAGUAUGGACUGGGCUCGAGAGGUUGGCAGGGAAGUUGAAGCCCUAUAUUGGGAGGAUAUAUGUGUCGCAUAAUAUCAAGUUCUGUUCGAGGUUGGGUGGUGAGCAGUGUACUAAGAGGUUGAGUGAUUUGGGGCUUGAGUAUCUCGGCAAGAGAACGCAUGAUAGUUUGCUGUUCAAUCACUACGAGAUUUGGUUCGAGUUCAGACGGUCCAGAGCUUAGGUAACAAAGCAGUGCCAUCAAGGUUAUGUGGCGAGCUUUCAGUCCUCUGUAUUCUUUGAAAUGUUUCAUCGGCAUAUUGUUGAUUGUUUGAUGUUGUAGUCAGGAUUGUUGUUGUAUAUAAAGUAUAGAAGGGACAGCCAUAGCCAUGAUAACGAUGUUGCUGAGCUUUGAUGGGUAACUUGCUUACUGGUGGGAUUUAUGACUGUGAGACACCUUUUUGCUGUAUUUAAUCAGGAAUUGGCUGCAACUAAGAUGAGAGGAAGUCUCCAGUCAAAAUGAUGUAAUGGGCUAAUGGCUACCCUAUUUUUUGUAAUUCUAGCAGCAGUCCAUUUUUUUCUCUCUACCUAGAUGGCACAACAACAGCUGAAAUUCUUACAUGUUUUACUUGCUGAUGAUCCUUGAGGCUUCACGGUACUCUGGUACACUCAUAUGAUGUCAAUUUAACAGAUCACUGAACAAGU